GUAACUUGUUGUGACCAUCAUGAAGACAGCCGUACUACUAGCCUGCGCCGCCGUGGCCUUCGCAGGCCCGGUGGACCGAAGUGGCACCUGUUCUAGGCAUUGUACUGAGAGUCGAAAAUUUGACUACAAGCCCGGCACCACGUAUGUCUACAGCUACACGACCUCGACGGAAACGUCGAUGCAGGGAACGACGUCCGACAAGGCGGCCGUCUACCUCUCCUGCCAGGUCGAACUCGAGUCUCUCGGAGGAUGCGACUUCACCAUCCAGAUUCGGGGUACGAGCUUGGAAGAGCAAGACCCUUCGAGUCCUGGUAGGCGAAGGCCUUCCCCAAGCCAUGCCGAACUCAAGCAGGCUCUUGAGCUGAACCCGCUCAAGUUCUCCUACGAGGAUGGUCGCGUCGAGAACAUCUGUCCCUCUGAAGGAGAUAGCCCACGUGUGCUCAACAUCAAGAAGGGUAUCCUCUCGGUGAUCCAGAACUCAAUGCAGAGGCUCGAGGGCAACGAGGACAUCGUCGAGGUCGACAUCUCUGGAAAGUGUCCGACUGUGUACGAGACCCUUCCCAAAGGCUGGACGUCCCUGACCAUCCGCAAGACAAAGGAUCUUUCCCAGUGCAAGGACCGCGAAAGCAGCAUCACCGCCCUGCAGGCCACGGCGGAAGAAGGCAAUCUGCGGUCCAUGCCCGUGGUGAAGGGUGAACAGGAGUGUAAACAGACAUACAAGAACAGCAUCCUGGAGUCGGUCGAGUGUAAGGAGAAGCACGUGGUACGUCCGUUUUCGAGGCAAGAGAACGGAGCCGUCACCAACGUCUUCCAGAGCAUGACGCUUCGCACCCAGAGACGCAGCGUUCCUUCCCGUACCGUCUAUACCGCGGCUCCAGAGACUGACAUGCUCUUCGACCACGACUACGAUGUCGAGGAAGCUGCAAGGACCCUUGCCCGCGCUGAAGAAGUUCUCCGCCAGCUCGUCCAUUCUUCCGGCGAGGUCAUUCAGUCUUCCGCACCAGGCAUGUUCACCGAGCUCGUCUUCAGCCUCCGCAAGCUGAACAACAAGGACCUGCAGACUGUCUUCCACACGGCCCGCAACCUGUCCCCUAAGGCCAAGAAGUUCUUCAUGGACGCCUUGCCGUCAGUGGCCACCGCCGCGUCCGUUCGCAUGAUGACAGAGUCCAUGGUCAACGGAGAGGUCAUCGGUAUCGAUGCCGAUGCUUGGCUCACUUCCCUCGCCUUCGUCUCUCAGCCUACUCUGGAGAUGGUCAAGGAGGCCCUGCCCCUGAUCAAGCUGGAUAGGUCUCAGGCCUACCUGGGAGUCUCGACCCUGGCCCACUCUUACUGCCGCGCCAACCCGGACUGCAACUCUGCCCAUCCUAUCAAGGAGCUCGCCCGUUCCCUGUACCUGACCCUAGGCGAAAACUGCUACGCUCGGGAUGCCCGCACCACUCUGAUGGUGCUGAAGGCCCUGGGAAACUUGGGCGAGUCCGAAGGAUCGGAGGAAACUCUGAACAGGUGCUUCCAGAACCCACAGCUGGACAUCGAGAUCCGUCUUGCGGCCGUCGAGGCCUUCCGCCGCUUCAGUUGCGACAUUCCACGUAACGAAAUGCUCAGAACGUAUCAGAACGUCCACGAAAACGUUGAGCUGAGGAUUGCCGGCUACCUGGCAGCGAUCAAGUGCCCCAGCAACCCUGUCAUCGAGAGUGUGAGGGACGCCAUCCGCAACGAGUCCAUCAAGCAAGUCGGCUCCUUCGUCUACUCGCACAUCCGCAACCUUGCCAAGGAACCAAGUCCGUUCCAGACCGAGUACCGCGCCAUCGCCAACGACGUGGAGCUAAAGAACAAGUUUGAACUGGACUUCCGCAAGUUCUCCCGCAACAUCCACUACCGCAUGUUCUUCGACCCCCUCGACACCGGAUUCGAACUGGAUGCUAACGUCAUCUAUACGCCAGAGUCCUAUUACCCUAGAAGCCUGAUGGUCGGCACGUCCUUCGACAUCUUUGGCAAAAAAAUCAACCUGUUUGAAGCUGGAGCUCGAGCCGAACAAGUGGACAAGUACAUCCAGAAGUGGUUCCCACAGGACCAGCAGAACACUAUCCGCUCCAGGAGGGCCAUCAGUGACAACAAAAUUGACGAGCUAGGAAAGAAGUUUGCAGUCAAAGAGAAGUAUGGUGGUGACGCCAAGGCAUCCGGAUACCUGAGGUUCUUUGGCAACGAGAUCGCCGGCAUCCAAAUUGGCGGUAACGCAGCCACUCCCUUCAGCGAGCUCUCCGAGUGGAUCGUCAAGAUGUCCGACUCCAAGGGCCUGGACCUGAGCAAGAGCGUGCUCUUCGCGGACACCUCUUUGACCGUGCCCGCCAGCAACGGUCUUCCACUCCGCGUCUCCGUCAACGGAUCGGCAACCGCAGCCAUCAGCGUUGGCGGAAAGUCCCAGAUGAAGAAAGGAGGUGUUGACAUCAACGGACAGAUCAAGCCAAGCGGUGCUGUCGAGCUGUCGAUGCUGAUGAGCGUGGAUGCUCACAAGUCUGUGUCCGGAGUCAAGAUGGUGGCCACCAUGUCCUCUUCCUGGGUCGUUGACGGUUCUCUACAGGUGCAACAGGGGCAGGCAGUCAAGGCCCAGAUCAACAUGCCACGGAACGAGAUGGAGCUCAUUGAUGUCAAGAGCAAGAUCUUCCUGGUGAACAGCAUGUCCGAGGUGGAGCACCGCAACGAACCCCAGAAGAAAAUGGAGACGGAAGCGUGCACAGGAUCCACGAUGGAGAAGAUGCUGGGCAUCCAGAUUUGCGGCAAGGCCGAGUUCCCGGUGUCAAGUCAGACGUACGGUGCACCCAUGUACCCGUUCAGCGGAAACGCCGAGCUCAGCUUGGUCCUCAAGAAGACUGACGCGUCCCUGACCUCGUACAAUUUUGAAGCCGGAUGGACCAACAACCAAGAUGUCAAAGGAGCCAUGGUGACAAUGAGCACGCCCGGCACCACGAUGGACCGUGAAAUCAAGGCUGAGCUGCAGCACAACAUCCGCGAUCGCACCGUGGCACUUCGCCUCAAGACACCACCCAAGAAAUUCACACUCGAAGGAAAGUACAACUUCGACGAGAAACUGAAAAAGAUCGACCUCAACGCCAAGCUAGAUGAGGCCUCGAUAUUCCAGCUUGUCAGCGAGCUCAAGGCUGAUACCUCUCAGAACGACGUUACGAGGUACAGCCACUUCCUUGAGAUCCACAACCAUGGCACCAGCAUUUUGCUUUUGAACGGACAGUGGAACGCAGUCCACGGACGCAAGUACAGCGGAAAUCUCAACAUCGAGAAGAUCACCGAAAAGCCUGUUCUACUCAAAGUUGACUUGGACAUGAUGGACAAGAACCGCGUCAAGUACGAAGCUGUCAUCAAGUCCUUCUUUGUCGAUGGCAAGAUGGACGGCUACACUCAGUCGGGCGAGAACUGGGCCACCAAAAUGAACGGCGAGUUCAGCCUCAUGGAAGGACGCCCCGAGAAGAUCGACUUCACAGCCAAGUUCCGCGACCUGUCCGCGGGCAGCCUGACCAAGUACAACGGUGCAGCCUCCCUCCAGAACACCUUCCACCCGUCGCUGAAUACCGACCUGCUUUGGGACUGCCAGGUGACGGAUGGGCUCAUCGAGAACUCGCUCGAGAUCAAGAGGGGCACGAGCGGCAAGAAGACCAUCCGCAUCCAGCAGAUCGCCAAGUACACGGGCACCCUGAGCAACAACAACGCCGGACUUACUCUCAAGCUCAAGUACCCCCAGAACAAGAUCGACUGGUCUCUGGAAAUGAGCCAUGAAAACACCGAGAACAGCCUUCUUAACAGGAUGACUCUCAACUACGCACCAGGACGCCAACUCAGCACCGCUAUUGACGUCGCCAUUCAGCCCCAGACUAAGUUGGAUGUGCAAGUGAACUACCCAGGCCGCGAAACGAGGCUCAGCGGAAAUUACAGGAACGUUGGCUCGGACGAAUACAAAGGAAACCUGCUGGCCCAGUGGAGCAGGGAGAAGAAAAUUGAGGCCUCCGGUACAUUCAGGCUCGGCGCAGAGAGGAGGCAGUACAGCCCCAGCUUCGAGAUUGAGAUCCUGAUACCGAACCGCCGUCCAGUCACUGUCAGCGGCGCACUGAAAGCCGCCAAGGGUUACUACACCAUCAAAGGAGCGUCUCAGUGCAGCGUCGGAAGGCACGAGCUGAACGCUGUCUACAGGUCCGCAAACCAGUACAACCACGACGCAAGCAUCAAGAUCGAGACCCCCAGGGACAACUACGCGGCUAACGGUGUCUUCAAAAUUGAAUCCAACAAGGUCGUCGCCAACGCCAACGUCAAGUUGGGACGUGUACGCGAGGUUAGCAUCGAGUCCGAGCUGACUUCAAGCAGAGAUGUCAAAAUGGUCAAGUUUGACUGCAAGUGGGACGCUGCCAAGGACCCAUCUCGUCGCGCCACCAUCAACGGUGAAUUCCGUCGCGUCUCGGGUGGAUACCAGGGUAACUUUGUCGUCAAGUGCCCAAAGCAAGACAUCCGCGGCACCGUGUCUACCACCACCCAAGGUCGUCUUGAUGGGGGUCUUCUGCGUAUUUCCAGCACGGGAGAGAUUGAAUGGCAACCUCGAAAGAAGGUCACCUACGUCGCCAACAUCGACUGGAACCCAGAAACGUCCCGCCGCGUCCUUAAGGCUGACAUGACAAUCACCACACCUUUCCAGAAGGCCGAUAUCCUUGGUCUAACACUAACUCAUCGUUACGACGGGCGCGAAUGGGCAUCUGAAGGAAGAAUGACACUCCCUCAGCGUCGUAUUUUGUCCAUUGCCUCAGACGGUGACGUCUUGAUUGACAGAAGCCGCAGGAUCAUCAAGGGAAAUGUCAAAGUGAACACUCCGGCCGGAAAAGAGUUUUCUCUCAUGGCUACUCAUUCCCUUUCUCAGUUCGAAAUUAACAACAUGGUCAAAUUUCAUUGGGAUGAAGGGAAGGCAGUGGCUGCUGAGGUCUCCGGUGCUUACGGCAGGGGAAUGCUGAGGGGCAAGGCUGAGGUGAUCACUCCAAUCAUUGGAUACGAGCGUGUUGGAGCUUCUUUUGACCACGCACACGGACCAGCUUAUGUCAGGUGCCAGGCUUCGGCUCAGUGGAAGCGAGGUCAGGAAGUGUCCUUCAGCUUGAACGGGCAACACACUUCCACUGGACUUAGAAAGGUUUGCGAGGCUGACAUCAGGAUCACGACACCAAUCAGGGGAUUGGAACUGAUGUCGUCGAAGAUGACGUACAACAACGACGGCAAGAAAUUGAGCGCAGACAUUGAAGCAAGCAAUGGCUACAACAAAAUCACUACGGGGCUGUCGGCAUCCAAGAAGAGGCAGCGUGGAGGUGACGCCUCAAGUGAAAUGAGGUUGUACUUUAACAGUCCCGUGCAAGGUUACGAGAACCUCGAGGUGACUGGAACGUACUCAGUUCACCAAGAGAAGGUCAUGGUCAGUGCGGACGCUAAGCUUCCGUACUCGAAGACGGCUUCCCUUCGCAGCCAAGGCAGGGUUGCCUCCAUGAACAACUUUGAUUCUUCAAUCACGAUUCAGCUGCCCAUCCGAAAUUACGAACAGCUAAAAAUGGAGGUUGCCCACAAUAUUCACAGUCGCAGUCUGAAGACAACGGGCCUGAUCGCCUUUGGACGCAACGAGUACACCGCAGUGUUGAACGGUGACAUCAUGUAUUCUCAGGGAAGUUCCGACAUAACCGGCAUGCUAACAAUUACUACCCCAAUCCGUGCCUACGAAGCCAUCAGCAUGAAUCUUCGUCAAACUAGAAGGGGCGGAAACCUCGACUGCCGUCUUGGGGUCGCCAUCGGCCAGUCCUCUCUGACUGUCGUUCACGACAUGAAAAUUGGAGACAAUGGAAACUUCGAGCAGAAUUUGGAAAUUAUUACACCGUUCAAAACUAUGUCCUCCCUGACAGUCCGAAACACAAACCAGCUGCAGAAUGGCAGAUUAUCUCACAGUACCGAGAUUGAAUGGCAGCGUAGGAACAAGGUCGCAUUGAACAUUGACGCGUCUUCUAGCAGCACUCGGAAUGACUACAACAUGGAUGCUAAUGUUCGGCUCAUCACUCCAUGGAGAGCCCUCAGCAACGCCAACAUCAAGGCCAGCAACUAUUAUAAUCACCAGGAAGUCAAGUCCAAGGUCUCCACUGAGUGGAACAACGGCGAAAACAUUGCUCUGGAGUGGGGCUUCCAAAACGACCGUUACAGAAGUCUGGAAAGCAAGCUUCAGCUCACCAGUUCUAUCAAGGCAAUCGAAAUGGUCACUGUGAACGCCAAGUACGACGUUUCCAGCGAACAAAAGACCGGAGAGCUGUCGUUCCAGUGGGAUCCUCGCCCAGAAAAAAUGGUAACCCUGACCGGAUCGGCCUCGCUGAAAGAGGGCGCGUCUGACAUCGAUAUCUCCUGCACUACUCCCAUCAGUGGCUACGAGCGCGUUCAGCUUCUUUGCAAUUAUAAGAACGAGUACAACGCCAAGAGCGCAAGCAUCACCCUUCAGUCGCAAUGGAAAAAGAUAGCUCUCGUUGGUAACCUACAAAACAGCCGUACCGGGUCCACUGCUGAGCUGAGCCUCGCAACUCCGAUUCGUGGCUUGGAGCUGCAGAAGAUCUCCGGCGAGUACAGCACAGAGUUCGGCAAGCUUAUGUCCAAGGUCGACGCUGAGUGGAGUGGAAAGAUGAUGUCGCUCGAGAGUGAACUUGAGAAGGCUGACCGCAGGGCAUCGGCGAAGGUGACGUUCAAGACUCCGUUCGAAGGCAUGCGCAACAUGGAGAUGAGCUUAAAUGGAAAUUUUGAGUCUAACACAAAAGUUUUGUCUAGCAUGCUGCAGUGCGAUGCCAAAACGAUCGAGCUGAGCGCAACAAUAGACACGACUGACCGCACAGCCAAGCUCCAACUGCGUAGUCCCUUUGAAAACCUGGAGGAAAUUGAACUGAAUGCAGGAAUUGAAGACCGUGGCCGUACGAGACAAGUGACGGCGUCCAUCAGCUGGGCUCCAGGCAAGAUGAUUAACAUCGAAUCGGCAGCUGCUCCGGAAAGCAUCAAGCUUACUCUGACUACUCCGUUCCGGGGAUAUCGUAGACUGAGCGGCAGCGGUGCCAUGGAAAAUCGGGGUGGCUCUAGCACGUUUAAUGCCGUCUUCGAAAAGGAGAACAAAAAAAUUGCACUUUCUACUUCUAACAGCUACAACCGAGACCUCGAAGGCACUAUUAAGCUUACCACACCAUUCAGGUCGUACGAAGAACUCAGCAUGGCUUACUAUAUCACGUACGAGGGAAUAAAAAACAUGAAGGCGUCCUUUAGCUUGCGGACACCGAUUGAGGGUGCUCAGACAAUUGACAUCAAGGCAGAAACAAGCGUCGCUGCAGACCAGUACAGAGGCUUGAUCAGCCUGGAAGCCCCAAACAGCCGAUAUGAACUUAACGGUCAGAUGACAUACCAGGGCAUAAGACUUGUUGAUGGACAGAUGUCUCUCAUCACGCCUCACCAACAGCUGAGGACCGCAAACCUGAAGGUUAAUCUUAGAACGGGAGGUCUUAGGUUCAUCAACGGAGGGAUUGCGUUAACCACGCCCGGAGGCGAGCAUGCCUUGUCCCUGGACAUCAAAAACAGCGGUCCCUUUGAGGGCUCCUUCGAAGUUAACUGCCCACUCCUUCCGCAAGGUAAAGCCACAGUCAGUUACAUGGUCAAUGUGCCCAACAAAGACUUCGCCGACUUUAGGAUCACAGCCGGUUUUGGUGAGGAAUCUCACAAGGUCCUCGGAAGCUACGAAAACAAACGGAGUAUCUACAGAAGUCAAAUCAGCCUUGAUAGCCCCAUGCUCAAGGAAGGUCCCGCUUCAUUCAAGCUCGAGCUGUCUUCAUUGCGCCCACGGGAAAUUAAGGCAGUUCUGAGUUUUGGAUUUGAGAGGAACAUGAACACAAUCAACAUCGACGCUGGUGCUAACGGCGGCGUUCUCAAAUGCAAACUGAGUGCCGAGUCUCUUUUGUUGCCAAGCCGUUCGCUGACUGCUGAAGGCAUCGUAACUACAACGAGGCAGGGCGCAGACAUCUCUAUGAUCUUUGAAGAUCCCAAGACGAGCCACCGCUUGAACGCCAAUUGGAAGCAGGUUGCUGGAACCGCUGACGGACAGCUCAGGAUUGAAUCCCCACUGCUUAGCUUUAACAGCCUAACCGGUACCAUUACCUACAGUAACACUCCAAACUUGAUGGAAGGUACUCUGGUAAUGGAAACUCUAAAAAAGACUAUCAAAUGCUUCGGUGCUCUGCGCGGCAGCAGCCUCCGCAACUUUGAAGGCAACCUUAACCUGGAGACGCCCUUUGAGUCCCUCCGCUUCGCAAACAUCGACAUCAACUUCAACAAUGAGUACGACCGAGUCAUGGAUGGUUCCUUGUCUAUCAAAACGUCUGUUCCAUCUCUGAUCAGCGACGCCAACAUUUCUGGUCAGAUCCGAAACAACCCAGGAUCUUUCGAAAGCAGUCUGAAGGGACGUCUGCCUAUUGGAAUGCUAUCAAACUUCGAACAGACCUUUGUAUGCAAGUACAACAACGACCUCACGAGCAUCUCUCCUCGACUUACCGUUACCCUGCCAAACUUCAAAGUUGUGGAUUACGCCGAAAUUAACUACGCUCGUGGAGGCUUCCAGCUCACGGCAGGUCAUGAAUGGGGAGCCGACCAAAAGAUUGAGGCCUUGAUAGCCAUCAAGAAACCCGCAGGGCAGUUCAAGGUUGACGCCAGUUUGUCGACGCCAUUCAGAAACAUGGAGACCUUCGAAGUGAGCAUGAUGUGUGCCAGGGAGAGUGACAAGCGAGUCUUCCGUGCGUCUUACAAAGCACCAUCCAGGAACAUCUAUGAGAUCCAGCACAGCAACACCUAUUACAACCCGCUCAACUUCAACGUUGAGAACUCAGUUACAACUCCAAUCCGUGGCUUCGAACUAAUGAGCCUUCGCGUGCGACAGCAGAGUAGUCGAUCCCGCCUGGUCAGCAACCUGGAGGGCAACCUCUGGCGCCGAAGGAUGAUCUUCAACCUGGAUCACGACAAGAACGCAAACAAGGGCAACGUUCAGAUUACCAGCCCGUACCAGGAAGCACGAAGCGUCAAACUGACGUACGACAUCAACAAGUACAAGGUUGACGGGGAGCUGACUGUCAACGACAGGAGGAUGAUCAAGAUUGCCGGUAAUUCGGAAUACGUCCACAACCUCCGCUCUCACAAGUGCGACGCUGUGGUUGACAUUCCGGCUAUUCGCACAGCUCUUGAGGCCCACUACAAGCCCGUAUCCUCUGGACUUGAGCUUGCCUCCAAGUUUAGCUCGAGCAGGCGCACCAUCACCUUCGACACACUCUUCCAGAAGGCCCCGGAGAACUUCGUACACCAGGCAUCACUUAAGUGGGGGCAGGGCAAGGGCGAGGAGUUUUCCUACGACAUCCGGGCAACGCACAGCCGACGCCGUGACCUGAAGAACACGGACAUGUCAUGCAAGGUAAACUUCCCGCUGAGGGCUUUCGAAGUCCGCGCCAGCCAGAGCCAGAAGAACAACGUGAAGACAAUGUCCUGUGACCUCUUCUGGGAUGCUGCUCGCGACCAGAGCAAGCACAUGACACUCAACUUGGAACACCAAAACCUUAGCAGCAGGUCCGUCUGGGCUCACAAAGUGGCCGCUACGCUGUCGCAUCCAAGGCUCAGCAAGGAGAUCGUCAUGCGCCUGGACGGAUCCAUCAGUUCCGACGAACUGCACGGCAAGACCGAGCUGGAGUACUCCCGCGACCAGAACCACAACCUCGUUUUGGAAGGCAGGUGCAAAAGGCGCGGACCGUCCCACGUGACCGUCGAGCUGACAGCGCGCCAACCCGUAUCCUCCAUGGACAUCCGCACCAUGGCCGAGCUGAAGGAUGCCCGUGACGAAGUAUCCGCUCUCAUUAGCGUCAACUACAUGAACCGCAACCGACAGAUGCGAGUCCAUGAGCUCAAGGCGUCCAUCUUCAAGCUGAGGAAGGCCAUUGACAUCCUGCUGCGAAGCGGACGCGACCAGAGUCAGCUGAAGGGCGAGAUGUACAACCGUGACCAGGAGUUUGGCAUGGAGUUGGAACACCAAGUGAACCUGCUGCCCCCGACCAAGACUCAUCUCCGCAUCAACAAGAGGCACAGCAAUGUCGAGAUCGCCUACAACUCGCCUGACGACUACUCGGCCAUCAUGUCGGCCUCCGCGUCGCCCGACAAGCGUGAGCUGAAGCUGUCCCACAGGACCCUCGGCCGCAGCGUGUCCGAUCUCCUCCUGAAGAUGGCGCUCAAGGAGAAGCGCUACCUCGGCUCCGAGGUCAGCUGGAGGCCGGAACUGACGAAAGAGGCUAGGGAGUACGCGUCUCAAAGGUACAACACCCUCUGCAACGAAGCUUCCCGCCUGUGGAGCAACUUCGCCUCCGAAACCGAGCAAGAAUUCAGGGCAAAGAGGUUCAUCAUGGGCCAAUCGCUUCAGUCCCAGAUCAGCCCCGUCCUCGAAGACAUGAAGAGCGACCUCGGCGUUCUCAGCUCCGAGAUCUCGCAGGCCGCAGACAAGCUGGAGGCCAUGUACUACCAGGACGAGUUCUACAUGAAGACCGUCCUCUCCACGAUGUCCGCUGCGGCAUGGGAAGCUAGGUGUGCCGCCCUUAAAAUUGGAAGGUUGGUCCUGGUCGCCACAAAGGGCGCCGUCGACGUGUGCACGAACGUCAUGACGGCUGCCGGCGAGAAGAUCACAAUCGCCGCUGACCGUGUCGCCUUCGCUUGCCGCCGCUCUCUCAUCUUCGCCGAGAAGGUCCUGUCUGUCGUCAUUGAUCGCACCAGCCUCGCUGCUGCUCGGGCCACCGAAUGGGCCAUGUACAAGGUCGAAGGGGUUGCGUCCAAGCUGAUGCAGAAGACAAUUGCCCUGCUGGAACGCUAUGGUCCGUCUCCGUCCAUCGUCCGGGACGCUUACAACCAGGCCGUUAAAAUGGUUUCCGUGUACACGGCCCCCAUCAUUGAGAGCAUUGCAAAGAACCCCCUGGUUCAAGGCUUGUACCGCUACGUGGAACGUGUGUGCGCCACCUUGAACGCCUUCAGCAUGGAAUCUAUCAAGAGGCGAAGCUACUACGCUUACAACACCGUCGCCAACAACGUCAUUGAAGUCACCGACAACAUCCUCGUUCACCCGCACGUCAAGUACGUCAAGAACAUGGCGCAGAACAUCGCCAGAAAGGCUAGGGACAUCAGCGAACAGCUGGGCAUGCCCGACAUGGCCGCGGGAGUCAUCGAGAUGGGCAAGCAGCAAAUUCAGGACGGUCUUCUGAACGGUCUUUCGGACGCGGUUCGCGAGUACUCCAACCUACGGUCUGGAAUGCGCGUCGAGUAUGCUCCCGAGCGAGGCGUCAUGAGCGCUGAACUGCGCCUGCCGUCGUCCAAGGCCAACCUGGCUGAGGCCCUGGACAUCACCAGCUACCCAGAGUACGACAAGAUUAUGGGACUCAAGGACAACUACUACGGUGUCGGCGCGAACUCCGUCUGGGACGCCUACUACAAGUACAGCCACUACGGCAACCCCAGGCACUGGAUGCCACCGUUCAAGGCUCGAGCCCUGAUGGCCGGACCGCAGCAUUACCGUACCUUCGACGGCUUCCACUUCGAAUUCGCCGGCGAGUGCAGCUACCUCCUCGCCAAGGACUUCCUCAACGACCAGUUCGCUGUCAUCAUCAACUACGUCCGCGACGGACACCGCGUCGUCAAGAAGUCCAUCACCGUCAACAGCGACGGGCAGCGAUUCGACAUCAGCUCCGACUACAAGGUCACGCAGGGCGGCAACAAGGUUGAACUGCCUCAAGACACCGGGGCCACCACCAUCCGCCGAGAAGGACACGUCGUCAUCGUCGAGAACAACAGUGGCCUGACCGUCCGCUGCAACCUGUACUACGACCAGUGCGUCACCGAGAUCACCGGAGACCACUUCGGCAAGACUGGCGGCCUUCUGGGAACUUACGACUACGAGGACAAGCUUGACCUGAUGACCCCGGACAGGAGAAUUACGGACGACCCGACAGUCUUCGCCAACGAAUGGGAGGUUGGACACGGCCGCUGCAGGAGCCAACAGAACAUGGCACAGCCUAUGGUUACCGACAGCAGGGCUACCUCUGUCUGCAAGAACCUCUUUGAGGAGGAGAAGUCCGUGUUCAGGAGCUGCUUCAAGAUGGUAGACCCCAAACCCUACCUCAAGAUGUGUCUGCACGACAUGAGCAGUGCCAGCUACGACCAGAUGGAGAAGGCAACCUGCGUCAGCGCAGCCGCUUACCGGGAGGAGUGCAAUGAGUUUGGCGUGGAACUCGAGAUGCCCAGGACCUGCGUGCGCUGUGAGAAGCCCGACGGCUCGGAAAUCUUGUCCGGCGAAAUCACCACUGUCACGGAAGACGAGUCUGUGAACACUGCUGACGUCAUCUUCGUCGUGGAACGCAAGCUGUGCAACAAGAACGUCAUGCCCAACCUGAUCCGUCUUGCACAGGGCCUCGAUGAGCGCUACGCUUCCAAGGGAUUCUCCAACAUGCGCUACGCAGUUGUGGGCUUCGGUGGCGAUGGCGUAGCUGAACUGCCACACAUCGUUACCGCCGACGGACAGGUCUUCAACAGCAUUCGAUCCAUCAUCUCGGCCUUCAGCAGCCUGACAGUCGGCAACGGAAACAGCGAUGUGUUUUCUGCCCUGAAGUACGCUGCGAAGCUGCCCACCAGAAUGGGAUCCAGUCAAGUGAUGAUGCUGGUGAAGUGCACGACUUGCACCCCUGGAGAAGAUCCAUCGGUCUACACUGACAUCUACCGCAUGCUGAUCGACCGCGGUAUGCACCUGCACAUCCUUGACGACGACGACUUCGCCGUCCGUACGGCUGCCAAGCCUUCCAAGAGCAAGCGCAUCUUCGGUGUGGACCAUCGCCUAGCCUACACCGCCAAGGACCUGAAGGAGAUGCACGGCGACGCCGACAUCCACUCCCAGAUCCGUCUGCCCAAGGACUUCUGCGUGCCGCUGGCCCUGGAGACCAACGGAACCCUUUUCAGCUCGCUGAAGAUGUUCGAAAAGAGGAACGUCAACAAGAAGUUCAUCGACGUCAUGGCUCGUCGCGUUGCCCUGUCCGAGGCCCCAGACUGCCAGAUCUGCGAGUGCGUCAGCGCUGAAGAUGGUGUCGGACAGUCACUCUGCAACCGCUGCGUGUCGCCGACGUUGGGACCUGUGCGAUCGCCGGAUUUCUCUCUUUCGAUGUACGACGAGGUUGUCGAGCGGAAGGGAUACAAGCGUCCCAAGACCAAAAAGCUGCGACACCGCAAAUGAACGUAUUUGCCUCUGCUCUCCAACUGACCGAAUGUUGUCUUCUUGAGACUUAGCUCUUAGAAUGUUUCCGUUUCCGCUGUUAAGCUGACAGCGCUCUACUUCUCUUCAACAUCUGCAUUUCUAAUUCUUUACCCUCUCCAACUUCCAACUGUUUCCUCUCCUAAAUCUCAACGGGAAAAAUAUCAUAAAUGAGUAACGUACACGCAUUUUAUCAGGUAUUUUGUUUUAUAAAAUUAAUUCAACUCUACUUUCUGCUUUCAUACGCACUUUACUUUUUUUUUUCAAUUUUUCAGAGCGACGUUACUUCUAUUCUGUGACAUUACCACCUCCUCUACUUCUUUCUUUUUUUUUUUUUCUUUUUCGCUGGACGAAAGUGGUGUGUGAAUAUAGUCAGAGGUCUUUUUGCUGAAGGGCGAAAAAAAAGUGUACUAAGAAAAAGAAGAAAAGCGUCAUUUCUUGUAGACGAUGUUUUUGUUUAUAUAAACAAAUAAAGUUGAGGUGCAAGUGUAUUUAUGUUUCCAUUUUUGUGCUGUUGUAAAUAAAUAAAAAAUAGAUCAUCCCUAUAA